ACCUGACAGGAAUUAAAUCUUUCUGAAUAUCGAAUAUUCUUGCGAAACUUUAAAUUCUUGUGUAAAACUCAAUUUAUUUAUUUUUUUAAAUUUUAUAACGAUCUUUUCCUUCCACUGGGAAAACAAUCGAUUGUCGAAGCGUUCCUUUUUCUGCCACAGUCCUACCCCUCGUUCAUUUGACAUUUGUGGAAGAACUUCGGCAAAAUGGUUCGCUUGAGCUGAUGUUGCCUCUUCUCGUUCUCUUUUCCACAAACAUCGGCGAAGCGAAGACGGGUUUUAGGCGGGCUGCAGUUGGGCCGAAUUAGACAAAGUUGCUUCCUGUACCCAACUAUUAAUAACAUUCAAAUCAAAAGCAAUUUAAUAUUGUUUUUUCGCCAUCAUAUUGCUCUUUGUAAUUGUCAACAUUUACCUUUACAAAACAGCAUAAAUAUCGUGUGUGACACCAAGAAAAAAAGGAGCCGUUCCCGUCGCCGCAACUCACAGUAUCAAGAGGAAAUUUUCGGCCAAGUGCGUCGAGAGUGUUGGUAGUGUUUCGGUGCAGCAUAGUUAAGUGAAAAGUUUAUAUUAGUUACAAAGCUAUCGAUAGAGAAGCAAUACAAUGCCGCAGACAAAUGGAUUUGCUCCCAACUCCAACGGCCACAGCGGCUAUGAGAUGGAGGACGGCUGCUCCUUUUUGUUCACGUCCGAAUCCGUCGGGGAGGGUCACCCAGACAAAAUGUGCGACCAAAUUAGCGAUGCCAUUUUAGACGCACAUCUAGAACAGGACCCUAAUGCCAAGGUUGCUUGUGAAACCAUCUCUAAGACAGGAAUGAUUCUGCUGUGCGGUGAAAUCACGUCGAAGGCCGUAAUUGAUUACCAACGUGUUGUACGCGAAACAGUAAAGCACAUUGGUUACGACGAUUCGUCCAAAGGUUUCGAUUAUCGUACGCUGAAUUUGCUGGUAGCAAUUGAACAGCAGUCGGAGAACAUUGCCCAAGGAGUACACGUCGAUCGUGAUGAAGACAGCGUCGGUGCAGGCGAUCAGGGUCUUAUGUUUGGUUAUGCAACUGAUGAAACCGAGGAGUGCAUGCCACUGACGGUGGUCUUAGCUCAUCGGUUGAAUGAAAAGAUCGCGGAACUGCGACGAAGUGGAGACUUCUGGUGGGCACGUCCCGAUUCCAAGACACAGGUCACAGCCGAAUACGUCUUCGAAUCCGGUGCGUGCGUUCCGCAGCGAGUGCACACGGUGGUUGUGUCGCUGCAACACUCCGACAAGAUCACGCUCGAGGAGCUGCGAAAGGAAAUCAUGGACAAGGUGAUCAAGGACGUAAUCCCGGCCAAGUACUUCGACGCAAAUUCAAUUGUUCACAUUAAUCCGUGCGGAUUGUUCAUCAUCGGUGGACCGCAGGGCGAUGCAGGGCUUACUGGGCGCAAAAUCAUCGUCGACACGUACGGAGGCUGGGGUGCUCAUGGUGGUGGCGCCUUCUCCGGAAAGGAUUUCACGAAGGUUGAUCGUUCGGCAGCGUACGCGGCCCGUUGGGUUGCAAAGUCGCUCGUAAAGGCGGGCAUCUGCAGGCGGUGUCUGGUGCAGGUGGCAUACGCCAUUGGACUGGCUGAACCUCUAUCAAUUACCGUGUUCCAUUACGGCACUUCCAAGUACAACCAGAAGGAACUCUUGAAGAUUGUGUCGGACAAUUUUGAUCUGCGUCCGGGCAAAAUUGUGAAGGAUCUGAAGUUACGCACUCCCUUCUACCAGCGCACUAGCACGUACGGCCAUUUCGGUCGCAACGGAUUCCCGUGGGAAGAACCGAAGGAGCUGGUAAUUGAAUGAUGCCAUCCGGAUCCGGUCGAGUUGCCGCCAGCCAUCACCGAUGAGAACGCUUACCGCUCGACAAGCGGUACGGUCCCAUCGACAAAGUCUGAGAUGGCUGGCGAUGAGAUGGGAGCCAGCGCUUCGAAGAAAGCAAAACUAGAUAUAAAAGUGUCCUCCACGUUGCCGUAAAUAUUUCUUUAUUAUUGCUUUUGUUAGGUAAUCCUUUUUAUGAUAGUAAUAUUACUCAUUUUUGCACUUAAUGUGUGUUCAUAAAUGCGACAUUGAAAGGAUGAAUCACGUACUACAUUUGGCAUCGCAAGACACCUUCAGGGUAGCCUUUAUUGCUAUUUUUUUACCCUUAACACAAUCCCAGUAGAAUCUUGCAAAUCCGUCUUUAGCUUUCGCUUUAUGUACUUGAACUAAACACAGCAUUAGCGACAAAAUGCGUAGAGUAGAGAGAGAGAGCCAGCGUGAGGGAGAAUAAAACACGAAGACAAUGUACUAUGUUAGCAAGGAAAAGUUAAGAUAGUCGUAAGAAAAAAAAAAUGUAUGAAAAAGGAAAACAAAAAGCUGUGGACUCCGUGUCCUGCAUCACUCGAGCGGAACUAGACCAUUCGGUUGGCCACAGUAGGAAACCGUUUCAGAUCAAAGUGCUUUAAACCGGAAUACCACCUCCGGAAGGGAGCUGCCUGCUGCAAAAUUUGUUGUGCGGUGUGAGGAAGAUUGCUACUUAACCAUCGUAUUACCUUCCGUAGGCCACUAAUCAAAUACUAAGGAAGGAGCACCACGUGUGCCGCAUGGUUACCGACAUUUGGAAGAUUUUGUCGAAUAUUAGACUAGUGAAGAGUGGGAGCAAAUGAGAGAGAGAGAGAGGAAAUGAAUUUGGAAAAUUAAAUUCAUUGCCGAGUCUCAUACAGACUGGAGAGACAAAUGUCGCUGUCCAUGAAGCAAAAGAAGCGUGUGGAAACCGUAUUUCAUUUGGACUUAAUCUAAUCUGAGUAGAAGAUUGAUUAUUCCUUUAUUAAUGAAGGGAAUGCGCAGAGAACUCUGUUGGCCUAUUAGCUAAGUAUGCUAACAGGUGGGUUAAAACAAUGGCAGUAGGGCAUAAUAACGCAAUUUAAAUAUUCCCUACUUACCUACGUUGAAACGUUUAAGUUCCUUAACAGUGGUGAGCAUUUAAAGAGUGAGAUGUGACGGUUAAAGGAAAGAUUGACAUGUAAUAGAGGCAAGUAUCGGUAGGAGAGAACGCGUACUAAUAUUGGAAUCCAAAAGGUGCUGUGGUUUGCGAAGCGAUUAGGUUGUGUUACAAUCUGCACAGCCCAACACUUCCCUCCACAAGAGUUAGGAUUACUAAUGUAGGUUUAAUUAAAAUUGUAACCUAAUGAGUAUCACUUGGUUUCAUGGAAUUAGGCGUACGUACUUCCAUUAAAUUUGACAAAACCAGUAGUAAAACACUCUCAGGCACAUUCUGCACAAAUAAGUUCAUUCUUGCGCAAACUGCCACCAUUUUCCUUUUUUUGUGUUCGCUGAAGAAUGGUGAAAUCCCAGUGCAUUAGACGAUGCCGUUCUUUUGUGAUUUUAGGAUUUAAAAUACAUACAUUUAAAUUCUAACAAUACGAAAUUGUGAAACAGUGCACCAUCAAUUGAAAUUGGCCAACAACGUACGUACAACAAACAAAGAACACAUCUAAUAACUUUAGAGUAGUGAUAGACCGCGUAAACGGCGGUUGUAAAGCAAAGCACACACAUCCACAAUCAGAAAAGGGCAACAAUUGUGCAAUUUGAAACUUUCCAUACAGGCCAACAAGCAGGGAAGAAUUGCAAACAGAGAACAACCCCUCUAUUGCGCAACAACAAGUCCAAUUAAAAUGCGGUUUCAUCUUCCUCACUUUACCAGCACACGUUUUGUGUUGUGUUUACGAAAAGGAUUUUAUUUGUGGAAAAGAGCUUUUUCGAAAAUACUCCGGUCCGCUGAAUGGUCGAAGGAUGCCUCUCGGUACAAUAAAAGCAAACAAAAAAAAAGUUGAAAAAUUGUGUAAAAACAAAUAAUGUCAAAAAAUAAACAAAAUAAACAUUGAAAAUGUCAGAUUUAUUAGAAAACGUGAAACAUACACAUUCAGAUAAAAUAUAAUUCACCAUGUCAACAUUUAAGCAGUGUUAGUUAUACUAGCAUUUGAUCUUACAGUAGCCCUAAAGAAGGGUGUAUAAAUGAUACACAAUGGCGUUGGUUAGUUAUGUUCGAAGUAAUACGACCGAAUCGCUUCAAAUCGUAGCGACUAGCGAUGCCAUACUUAUUUCUGUUUCUUAUUGUCAUCAACUGGUGUCUGUCGGCAGGGUUAAAACGAUGUAUAUGCCUAAAACAGAAAAGCAUGAUAGUUUGUAAAAAUGGAGGCAGCUAUGCUGAAGGAUUGAAGUUGAGACAUUGCUCCUCUCAUACCUUUAGACGCAGCUUUUCCAAUUAGGAAGCCUUGUUGGUAAUUGAAAUGAUAUCGAGAACUUUGGAAAUUGAACUGAAGUCAACUAGAUCUCGAUCUCAUCAACCAAUCCCCUUCAGGGGUACGCUUAAAUUGAUCAAUAUCGCCAUAACUCUCCCAGAUUUGCUUAUCUUAAGUGCCAACUGAAGCUAUCGUUAAAGAAAGUGACUCAACUUCAAUCCUUUCACAAAGUACCCUCAACAGCAGAGAAACUACCAAGAAACAUUAACAGCAAGUUAUAGUUUGGAACUAAAACGAACAGACACAGUGUCAACUAGGUCUUGCAAUGCAACCUGGCACGGAAACAGAAAAAGCGAAUCAGUACAACUGAUACAACGUUUACUACAGACCAGUGACGAAUAUAAUAGAACAACUAUGCAGCAGAACAGCAGCAUCUGGGGCAGCUUUUAUUUUGCACAUACAUUUUAUAAGUUAAGAGAGAUGAAAACUCCCUUCAUAUAGCACACAUACCCAACAGAUACACCCACACACAAGCAAGAGGUAUGAAAAUGUAAAAGAAACAAUGGGGGAAAAUAUAUAUGUACCGAGACACACACACAAAUACGCGCACACACGCUCCAUGACGGGGUUGCGGUGUCCCAUAAAAAAAGUGUAAAACAAAGUAAGAUGCAUCAUACAAAAAAAAAUCAUGUAAAAGUGUUUUGAAAACCAGAUUUCUUCCUUACUGAGGAAUAUUGAGUAACAUGCGAGAUGAUUUAAAAUACACCUCCUACUUCUAUUCUAUUUCAA